AUGGCACGAGCAGUGCUUGCUAAGAAGCAUGUGGGAAGAGGGUUGAAGUUAGUUGCGAUUAUCGCCGCCGUGGCGGUGAACCCAGGAGUGCCUGAUGCCAAACCGGUGAGCAAUAUGGACGAGAAUAUAGCGGUACCUGAGCGGGCGGUAAUACCCCAAGAAACGAAUAUCCAAAAGUUGAUUGACGGCCUGAAGGCAGUGGAUGAGAAAGACUGGACUGAGUCACAGAAGCUGUUGUCUCAGAGGAUCGGUCGUGAGAGGCUUGAAGGCAUCUCACAAAUGAAUGAGCAGGGUCGGAAUUUCUUCCGGAAUGCUUGCAUUGUGGAGGACCCAUGGAAGGCAGAGGCUAUGGACCGGAAUGUUAUGGUUUUGCCCGUCAGAAGUGAGGACAAGGGUAGUUACUUACAAGCUUUCCAUAUAAAACCGGAAAUUAUGGAUCGUCUUCGUUCCUGGUUAUUGGGCAUUAAGCGGAGGAACUUAUCUUGA